AUGGCAAGUUUUUCACGAGCUUCUACUCUGAUUGGCGAAGAUAAUUUAGCUAGCAAAAAGGGAGAAAAUGAACUUGUAGGCGAAAAUGACUCUGUACCAAAUCUCUGGCAUCAGGCAUAUGAACGACUGGGCGAAAACGAAAAAGAGGGACUCAAAUUUACACAACACAAUGGUCAAUUGAACUUUACAGAGCAGUCCUCCACAUUGGUGCAAAUGGUUAUAGAGAGGAAGGAAGAGUGUGAAAAACGACAAUGGAAGCUUUAUACCAAAAAGAAUGGAGAUAGAAUCAUGGUCCGAGAUCUAUUUGUGAAGAUUAGCGAGUGGAUCAAUAAGUUUAAGGAGGUGGGAGACGCUGCUGUCCAGUACGAUCCCGGACACGCAGCCUUACCUUGGGCGGCCGUUCGUUUCUUCCUCCAGGUCGCGAUAAACGAUUCUCAGAUAUACUGCGGGAUGAUAUCUAGUAUAGAGGAAGUCUCGAGGAUCAUCGCAUUAUAUACAGAGCUUGAGAUGAGGGUUCUUGUCAGACAAUCUGUCCAAACAAGAUUGCUAUCCGAUGCCGUUGUUAGGCUGUACACUGCUAUCCUGCGAUUCCUCAUCCAGGCAUAUAACUACUACGGAAAACGCACACUGACAAGGGUUUUGGAAAGCUCCCUUAAAGGCGCCAAGUCGGUUUUAGUUGAGCCGAAUCUAGCCAUAGAGGACCUCGAACACAAGGCUUAUGAACUAGUCAGACUUGUUCAACACGAAUGCUUAACUGCAUCUCUCGAUGGCAUCAUAGCAAACCUAGCGCAGAACAAUAAAGGGCCCAAGCUAUCAAACGAAGACAGACGCAGACCGCUCCAGAAUCGCCAUGAGGGAACUUGCGAGUGGGUUCUAAAGUUGGAAGACUUCGAGGCUUGGGCAACCCCGCAAAUACCUCAAGGAAAGCUUCUUUGGUUGCAUGGACCCCCAGGUUUUGGCAAAACCUUCAUGUCGGCAAGGAUUAUUGAACAUCUAGUAGAAAGAGAUCAAGGGCCGGUGGCAUACUUCUUCUGUGUAGCUGAGAACCAACAAACUCGAGAUCCUUAUUAUAUCCUUAAGUCAUGGUUGUCUCAGCUGCUGGAGCAGGACGAAACGAUGAUCUCGCUAAUGGAGGCUGUUUUGGCGAACAGAACCGGCAAGGAUUAA